CAUUGGGCCGAGUCCCAGGGGUCAAAGAAGGGUCGCUCUACCACUAGCAGCAAGUAAAUGUAGCUGGGGCUCUUGACUCGAGCCGUACGGCGCUUUCCGCAGUCUCAGACCACGGCUGUCAUGUGGGGGGUGGGAGGCCCUGGAACAGCCGCGGCGAGCGUUUCCUUGAGCGGCGCCCGGGACUGCUUCCUGCACCUGCCGCCUGGGCUGGCUUCCAGCCUCCGUCUGCAGCAGCAUCAAGCCGUGAAAGCUUCCUGGGGCAAUCAGCCUAUUUUCUUGGGCUGGACAGAAAUCAGAUAUUGUGGUCAGUAUGCUGCAACUGUUGUAGAAAUGAACAGACAGCUAGCAGAGAAACUUGGCAUCGAAGAUGGGCAACAGAUAUUCCUCGAGCCCUGUUCUCAAGUCUUAUCCUGUCAGCAAGUAGAAGUGGAACCUCUGUCAGCAGAUGAUUGGGAGAUCCUGGAGCUGCAUGCUUUUUCACUUGAAAGCCACCUUCUUGACCAAAUUCGAAUAGUGUUUCCCAAAGCUAUCUUCCCAGUAUGGGUUGAACAACACACUUGUAUUUAUAUCCAGAUUGUUACUCUAAAACCACCUGCUCUUUAUGGGAGACUGGAAGCUCGUACGGAGCUUUUCAUACGCCCUAAAGUACGUCAGUAUGAAGAAAGCUCCACUGUGCUGACUUCUGCAAAAGAUGACAUUUUACAAGACAAUGUCGCUAAAACCAAGUUGGAUCCAAGAGGAACAUCUAAGGAACCAUGUGCCAAAGAAACUGAUUUGAAUGUUGGGAUCCGAGAAUAUAGGCCAGAUGCAAAGGUGUCAUUAAGUGCAAAUGUCCUGCCAAACAUAUGGAAUUUAAUUGGGAAUUUUUUCUCUUACACUUCUGACAGAAAGCAGGAAGCUUCUUGUGGCACAGGUGAACUGAAUGUUGUCAAAGAUGGCCUGUUAAACUUGAUUCACAUGGAUUCUAUUUUCAGAGUAUGUCAGACUCAGCCCCCUAGUUUGCAAAGUGCAUUGGCAACAUGUACACUUCAGAAAUACAAUGCCAUUCAUAUAUUUCCAUGGAAUCUAGAAUUCCCUGCUUUAGAAGCUAAUAUUAAAGUAUCUCAUGGGAAGAUUACUAAACUACUCUCUCCAAGACAGCAGCAUCAAGAGUCGAAGCAGAAUCUAAUGUCAAAGAAAGAAAAGCAGAUGAUCAACGGAGAAGACCAAAAGCAAUCUGGCCCUAGUAGAAGUCAAGAACCCUUUGACAUAACUGUUGUACAAAUAAUAUGGAAUGGUUUCGAGGAUCUAAAGAAUGCCAUAAUAUGUAAUAACAACGUGGACCAACUACAUGUUGGAAGAGUUUGGAUACCUGAAAGGUUGAGAAAAAGACUUCAUCUAGAAAUGCAUGCAGCUGUCAGAAUCACAUCAGUGAACUCAGAUCCUAAAAUUCCAUCAUCUCUUAGAUUGCAUCCCAAAAAUACUUUAAAUAAAGAUAUCACUGAAGAUGAUAUUAAAAAUGCCUUUAAUUUGUGGAUAGAGGACUAUAUCAAAUUUCCAUUGCUAAUAGCAGACACAAGCUAUAUACAGCUAACUCUUAAAGAUGGUGUGAAGGACUUUGUCCUCAGUGUAGUUACUUCUGAAGAGGAGAAGGCAAAAAAUACUUACAUCUUGAGUCCCAGCUUGUUGCAGAAGACAAAUAUACAAGUGCUGGUAUAUCCUGUGACUUCAGUAGCCAAUUGUGGAAGCCCACAGUCUUCUUGUGAACAGCUUCUUCCAUGGUUUGGUCUGAAUUGUUUAGGAGGGGUUGAUAAUCUAGGAGCAUCCUCUUUGAAAUACAUAUCUCACAGCCUGUUGAAACGACCGCUGUCUCAAAAGCUAGCUCCCAUAUCUGCAGGACUACGCAGUGGAGGUAUCCUGAUUACUGGAGCAAAGGGAAGUGGCAAGACAACUUUAGCAAAAGCCAUCUGCAAAGAAGCAUAUGAUACACUGGAUGCCCAUGUGGAAGUAGUUGACUGUAAAGCUUUAAGAGGAAAGAGAUUAGAAAAUAUACGGAAAAAACUGGAAGAAGCUUUUCUAGAGGCAAGAUGGAAACAACCAUCUGUUGUUUUGUUAGAUGAUCUUGAUCACAUAGCAGGAGUUACCCUUGCUCCAGAACACGAAAACAGUCCUGAAGCCAUCCAGAGCACACGUCUUGCUCAAGUUUUGAAAGAUAUUAUAAAAGAAGUUAUUUCCAUACGCAGUUUGAUUGCAUUCAUUGCCACAAGCCUAUCUGAACAGUCACUACAUUCUUCCAUGAUAUCUGCUCGAGGAAUUCACAUAUUUCAAUGUUUCCAACAUAUCCAGGUUCCAAAUCAGGGACAAAGAUGUGAAAUACUUCAUUCCAUAAUAAAAAAUAAACUUGACUCCAGUGUAGAUAGGUUCUAUGAUCUUGAUCUCCAUCUAAUUGCAAAAGAAACAGAAGGAUAUGUAGCUAGAGAUUUGACAAUGUUAGUUGAACGUGCUGUACACUCAUGUGUUUCUAGCAAGGGAACAUGCAAAAAAGAAGAUUUAAUUCUGUCAACAUUAGACUUCCAAAAAGCUUUAGAAGGCUUCAGGCCAACAUCUUUGAGAAACAUUAACCUCCAUAAACCUCAGGAGUUUGGCUGGGAUAGGAUUGGUGGUCUCAAGGACAUACAGCAAGUACUUAUAGAUACUAUCCAGUUACCUGCUAAGUAUCCAGAAUUAUUUGCAAAUCUGCCCAUACGACAAAGAAUGGGAAUCUUACUGUAUGGGGCUCCAGGAACAGGGAAAACAUUAUUAGCAGGUGUAGUUGCUCGAGAGACUGGGAUGAAUUUUAUUAGCAUCAAGGGACCAGAACUGCUCAGCAAAUACAUUGGAGCAAGUGAACAAGCUGUUCGAGAUGUAUUUAACAGAGCACAGGCAGCCAAGCCUUGCAUACUUUUCUUUGAUGAAUUUGAUUCCCUUGCUCCUCGGAGAGGUCAUGACAACACUGGUGUAACUGACCGAGUUGUUAAUCAACUGCUGACUCAGUUAGAUGGAGUAGAAGGCUUAGAAGGAGUUUAUGUGCUAGCUGCCACUAGUCGUCCUGAUUUGAUUGACCCUGCUCUGUUGAGACCCGGUCGGUUGGAUAAAUGUCUGUACUGCCCGCCUCCUGAUCAGGCUUCCCGAUUUGAAAUUUUAAGAGCACUGAGUCAUUCUCUCCCUCUGGCAUACGAUGUGGACUUUCAGCUUUUGGCAGCAAAAACUGAGUAUUUCACAGGAGCAGACCUAAAAGCUUUACUUUACAAUGCACAGUUAGAGGCAGUGCAUGCUAAUUUGGGAUCAACUGUGCCCCAGGACAUAGGUUCUAGCUCAGAUAGUGAUCUCAGUCUAUCUUCGAUGGUUUUCUUAAAUCAAAGCAGUGGAUCAGAUGAUUCUGCUGGAGAUGGAGAAGGAGGUUUGGAGCAAUCUCUAGUUUCCUUUGAGAUGUGCGAGUUACUUCCCGAAGAUCCAAGGUCCAACAUCUAUCGUCUUUACUUUGGCAGCUCCUAUGAAUCAGAGCUCGGCAAUGGAACUGCAUCUGAAAUGAGUUCUCAGUGUUUCUCAGGACCAAACUCCAUAAACCAUGAUUUAACCAGCAUCUCUCUGAAAGAUUUCAUAUCCUCUCAGCCCCCAGUUCUAAGAACAGCCUUGCAAGAAGGUUACCAAGAACUUAAUCAAGAACAGAUAGAGCAACUCAGGGCUGAAAUCAGUGCUAUCAAGGCCAACUAUAGGAGCAAAAAUGGAGAGGAAGUCACUCCCGGAUCAUCAGUACCAACCAAGAGCACUUUAGGUAUUACUCAGAUUCACCUAAUGUCUGCACUUGGAAACACAAAGCCAUCUAUUAGUCAAGAUGACUGGAAUGAUUUUGCUGAACUCUAUGAUAAUUUUCGGAAUCCAAAGAGGAAAGGGCCCAGCGGAGCAACUUUCAAACCAGGACAAAAAGUGACAUUAGCUUAAUUGCUAUUUAAUGUGUUGGUGAUGAUGAUUUCAGAGUAAUUUUUACAGUAAAACAUUGGCAUUAUUAAAUCAUAUUAAAGUGUAUACCUGUGGGGAUGAUAAUGUUGAGAUAAGUAAUAGAUUUCUUUGAAAUUAAUUGUUGCAAAAUUGUUUUACAUAAUUUUAGUUUUCAAAAUGAUGUCUUCCUACAAACCUAUAUUAAAAUGUUUGAGAUGUUAA